AGCUGCCAUCCUCUGCCAGGUUAUAACCCGAAGGAUGCUGCAGAGGGAGCAGAGCUAGCUUUUCCCAGGCUCCCAUCUCUCACAGGAGAACCUGGUUGGGCGCCGCCUCGGUGACGUCACGACGACUACCACCCUAGCUGCUGUCAAGGCAGGGCUUGCCGUGACGUCACCGAGCUGCAUCGUCCGCGUCACACGGCAGCAGCCCAACCCGCAGCUGUGUUUGGGGCGGCCGGGGCGACAAACAAUACCCGAGCAUCCGCUGCAUAGCCGUGGCCUUUCCCUGCAGCCCCCCCGUCCGCUUCAUGAGCAGCAUGUAAACAAUGCAAACAUAGACUGUCAGCUGGGGAUCUCAGCAGAUCGUGGGCCACCAUGGAUUUCCAGCAGCUGGCGGACGUCGCGGACAAAUGGUGCUCCAACACUCCUUUCGACCUCAUCGCCACCGAGGAGACGGAGAGGAGGAUGGAUUUCUACGCCGACCCCGGGGUCUCGUUCUACGUGCUGUGCCCGGACAACGGCUGCGGGGACAAUUUUCAUGUGUGGAGUGAAAGUGAAGACUGCUUGCCUUUCCUGCAGCUAGCUCAGGAUUACAUUUCCUCCUGUGGGAAGAAGACGCUUCAUGAAAUACUGGAGAAAGUCUUCAAGUCAUUCAGGCCACUACUCGGUCUCCCAGAUGUGGAUGAUGACACGUUUGAAGAAUAUAAUGCAGAUGUGGAAGAGGAUGAACCAGAGGCAGAUCACCAGCAGAUGGGGGUCAGCCAGCAGUAGAGCAUCGAGGAUAUUCCUUAUACAGAAAAAGAAAACAAACCCAACAUAUUGUAAUAGUAAACACAUAUGACAAAAGUGCAGAAAACACUCACAGUGGGCAGGGCAUCAGGCUUGCCAACAGCAGCUAUUCCAUGGGACUUCUGUUGCUUUCCAUCACUAUUGAUCCUAUAGUAUCUUUUAAGGCUGUUGAGCUCAUUUUAAACAGCUCUACAUGUGAUGAAUUGUUAAGUGCAGGUUACUGAAUACAUGACAGCGGGUGUGGAUCUAUGUAAAUGUGACCUAUCUAAGGGAUUGUCAUUGGUUUUAAUUACAGGAAGAGGUUCGGUCAUAAUAUCGAUUGGCGAAAAAAAUAGUUUACCCUCAGUGCAAAGUUAACUGUUAAUAACAUUAGGCAUGAAUCCACAAACUAUAUUUACUUUCUUUAUGAGCGUUUCCCCAGCUCCACAAGGUAUGUAAAGUCAUGGUGCCAACACAGGUUUGGACACCCAUUUUAAAGUCUAGAUUUAAACAUGCAUUAUGGUGAAGGAA